AGAGAGGUGUUCCUGAAGGUGGUGACGACAUAUUCCUGAGACAGGCGGGACGUGACUUUGUCAAGUCUAUUUUCAGUUUUAUAUUAUACAUUGAUGAACUGACGAGCUGCCUCUGCACCAAAAUGUCCGUGCUCAGGACCAUCAGAUGCAACCCUCAAGUGUUGUGUAGAAAUCUAACCGCGCGGUCUUCAUCCAGUCUGACUGAUGGAGAGACGCGAAUCACACAAGUGUUGAAGGAGAAGUUUCCUCACGCUUCGUCGCUCAAGGUUUUGGAUAUAUCAGGAGGCUGUGGUGCAAUGUACGAAAUACACAUCGAGUCUGAUGAAUUUAGAGGAAAGAGAGUAGUGCAACAGCAUCAGUUAGUCAAUCAGGCUCUCAAAGAUGAGAUUAAAGCCAUGCAUGGUCUACGCAUAUUCACUGAUGUACCUAAGUAGGAACUGCUCAGCGUCACGUCAGUCUGCCGUCUCUCUACGAUAUUAUAUCACGCACCUCAGUCUGUCUUUAUAAAGUAAAUUAUGCAGAGUUAUCACAGUGGCUAUGAAGUAAUUUACAGAUGCUAUGAACAAACGAUGGACAGUUAUAAAAGUAUAGACAUGGCUCACAAAUGCUGUAAUGCGCACAAAAUAAAAGACUGACAUAUUUUUUAUUCCUUGCCUGUGAAUUAGUGUGAAAGAAGAAUGUAAAUGAGAGAGAGCAUGUUUAUGGGUUGAAUCUUCAGUCCAGUAGUUUUUUUUUUUUUGAUCCCGUUGUUUGUGUACAAUCACACUUGAAGAAGCUUUGUCAGUUGUCUGAUUUAUUAUCUGUUCUGUCAUUCCAUUAAUCUGUCGAUCCAUUAAAUUAUAUCACAUCCAUUAAAUUAUAUCACAUCCUUUC